AAGUCACAUAAGAAUUUCACGAAGGUAGUUCGAAAUUUAAAUGACACGCUUCAUUAACUCGCGUCUCGCACUGUUCGUGAUUGAAAAGUUGUAAUUGUGAAUUUGACAUAUUUUGUUUUGUUUUUAGAUUUAUUUGUUAUUAAUUCUAUAUCGACAAAGUAUCCACCAUGCCUGAGGUACGAGUGGAAGAAGCUCAGAGGUUCAUGCAGGAGAGUCUGUUAGCUGGUGGCGCACCGCUGACGGAGGCGAUGGCGCACGCCGACCUUCUGCUGCAUGCCGACGUUGUGGGCCAUUACAGCCACGGCAUGAAUAGACUCGAGUUAUACAUAAACGAUAUGAAGUCAGGGGUGUGCAACCCUCACGCAGAGCCUAUUAUCCUGAAGGAGACAGCUGCAACAGCGUGGGUAGAUGGCUGCGAUGGGCUGGGCGCUACCGUUGGAAACUUCUCCAUGGCGCUAGCAAUCAAAAAGGCAAAAGAGUGCGGAGUUGGAUGGGUGGCUGUUAAACGUUGCAACCACUAUGGUAUGGCUGGAUAUUGGGCUUUGAAAGCAGAGAAGGAAGGUCUUAUUGGCAUGUCAUUUACUAACUCUUCGCCUAUCUUGGUACCCACUAGAGCGAAACAGGGAACAUUGGGAACCAAUCCUAUCUCGAUGGCCGCUCCAGCGACGGGUGGUGACUCCAUUGUGGUCGAUCUGGCGACGACCACUGCUGCUAUGGGCAAGGUAGAGAUGCAAAUUCGCAAAGGAGAGCCGCUCCCGGAAGGAUGGGCGCUGGGUCCGGACUGCGAGCCGACUACAGACGCUCAGUUGGCGUUUGAUGCUGGAAAACUGUUGCCUUUGGGCGGACUGGAGAAGACCAACGGUUACAAAGGUUACUGUCUCAGCGCUAUGGUAGAAGUAUUGUGCAGUGGACUUUCAGGUUCCCGCGCAACCCACAAUGUACCACAAUGGUCGCACUCGCAAACCGAGCCACCCAACCUGGGCCAAUGCUUCGUGGCUCUGAAUCCUGAAUGCUUCGCUCCUGGCUUCGGAGACAGGAUCGCUGACUGCUUGCAGCACUGGAGGAACUUGGAACCGGUUGAUCCUUCACUCCCGGUGUUGGCGCCGGGCGACAAAGAAAGGAACAAUGCAAAGGUCACGCACGCAAGAGGCACCAUAAAGUAUCCAGAGUCUCAAAUGACCUCCGCCAAACGCUUGGCUGACAGAAUUGGCAUACGACCUUUGGAAGCUAUUUAAGUGUAAAAAAGUAAACCUUUGUCUCUGAUCUGUCUGUACAAUAACUGAAACAGUAUUUUUUUUAUACGUAAAUUUAAUAUAUUUUUUAAAAAAGAA